UCACUUUAAUUUGCUAAGUUGUUUUUUUAUAAUGAGCAUAUUUUUAUAAUUAGAAAAAAAUACAUUCUUUUCAAAGGGUAGUAACAUUCAUUGGGUGACUAUAAACACAUAUGUGCCCCUUGGAUGUUUCAUUCCCUUCAUCAAAAACAUAGUCUAAGCUAGCUUUGGCUGCUUUAAGAAAGAAUAUGAUGAUGUUGUUAAGUAUAUGGACAGUAUGAAAUGCUAAUACAAAAUUUGAAAAGAAAAUGUUCUAUUCAUUUUAGAGGCUUAAAAAAUUAGGGAUCACCUAUCUUUAAAUGUAGGUGUGUUAGAAUAAUUGCUUGACUUUGUAUCUGGGAAUUGUGAGUUGCUUCUGUACACCAAGUAAAACAUUAACUCUCUGAUUUUUUUUUUUUUUGCAACAACAAGAUUACCAGCGUUUGUGAGAGCCUGCAGAGACAGCCGGCAAGGAAAAUGAAGCUCCCUAUUUUCAUAGCAGACGCCUUCACAGCAAAAGCAUUUCGUGGAAACCCUGCUGCUGUCUGUCUCCUGGAAAAUAAAUUGGAUGAAGACAUGCAUCAAAAAAUUGCAAGGGAAAUGAACCUCUCCGAAACCGCCUUUAUCCGAAAACUGAACCCAAGUGACAGCUUCUCACAAAGUUCCUGCUUUGGAUUAAGGUGGUUUACACCGGCGAGUGAGGUCCCUCUCUGUGGUCACGCUACCCUGGCUUCUGCAGCUGUGCUGUUUCACAAAAUAAAAAAUGUGAACAGCACUCUAACCUUUGUCACGCUGAGUGGGGAACUAAAGGCCAGAAAAGCGGAGGAUGGUAUCAUCCUGGACUUGCCUCUUUACCCAGCCCACCCCCAGGACCGCCAUGAAGUAAAGGACUUGAUAAAGACUGCCAUAGGUGACACGCUGGUCCAGGACAUCCGCUACUCCCCAGACACCCGGAAGCUCCUUGUCCGGCUCAGUGACACUUACGACAGGUCAUUUCUGGAGAACCUGAAAGUGAAUACACAGGAUCUGCUGCAAGUAGAGAACACCGAGAAGGUGAGAGGACUCAUUCUCACUCUUAAAGGAGAGCCCGGUGGGCAGACCCACGCAUUCGACUUUUACUCCAGAUAUUUCGCACCCUGGGUUGGCAUCGCAGAAGACCCGGUAACAGGGUCUGCACACACUGUUCUCAGCAGCUACUGGUCCCAAGAACUGGGGAAGAAAGAUAUGCGUGCCUUUCAGUGUUCCUGCCGAGGAGGAGAACUGGAGAUAUCCCUGCGUCCGGAUGGCCGGGUUGACAUUAGGGGAGGUGCUGCGGUGGUUGUAGAGGGCACGCUGACAGCCUAGAGGCGCUGUGCCGCUGCCACUCUCCCCCAUGACUGUUUCCAUGAAGAAAAACACAGGGGCCUUUAGCAAACCUGCAUGGUAGUCUACGUAAUCCACGUUAGAAAUAGAAAAAUGAAGACAUAUUAAUGGAGAGUUAAUGGGUACCAAUUAACUAAGGCGUUUUGGCUCCACCUGUGAGUGUGUCUGAAAUAUAAGUAACUCAUAAUGAAGAAUAAUGUUGUCAUCUUUGAUUGUGACUACUGAUCACAGAACGAGGAACAAAUGGUUAAAGUCAAACCAUUUAAAUGUAGGUGACUGUGAUAGAACAUUUUGCAGUCAUUAAAAAGAUCCAAUAACUAUGUGGAAAUACAGAAAAAUAUUCCAUGAUAUAAUACUAAGAAAGAAAAUUACAGAUUAUAAAAUGUGAAUAUCAAUCUAUGUGGGCAGGAUGAGUCAUGAAGAUAGUGAAAACAGUUCAUCUGUGGGGAAUAAGAUUGGGAAUAGUUUUAAUGUGUGUAAUAAAAAAGCAUUUCCUUCAUUGGAACACACAUGUUCAAUAGCCAAAAAUAAGAACAUAUAAGCAAACAACUAGAAACCCCAGAAAUUUAAAAAAUGUGUAUGUAUUAGUGUGGUAGUAAAAUUAAACACUAAAGGUAAUGUAAUAUCUUUAUCUUACAGCUUUAGAGUGAUAACUUAAAAUG